AUGGCACCCCUUUGUGGAGGAUCAAAGACUGUCCAGCGAAAGCUAGUCUUGCUGGGAGACGGUGCCUGUGGCAAGACCUCGCUGCUGAAUGUCUUCACGAGAGGUUACUUCCCGACAGUCUACGAGCCCACGGUCUUCGAGAAUUACGUCCACGACAUUUUCGUCGACAACGUCCACAUCGAACUCUCAUUAUGGGAUACGGCCGGCCAGGAAGAAUUCGACCGCCUACGAAGCCUCUCAUACGAUGACACCGACCUCAUCAUGCUCUGCUACUCUGUCGACAGCAAAGAUUCCCUCGAGAACGUCGAGAGCAAGUGGGUAGGCGAGAUCGCGGACAACUGCCCUGGCGUCAAGCUGGUGCUCGUCGCGCUGAAAUGCGAUUUACGAGAGAACGCUGAGGACGAGGACGAGGCCGCCGCCGACGCCGCUGGCCAGAGGGAAAAGAAGCCCAUGAUCAACUACGACCAAGGCCUCGAGGUCGCGCGCCGCAUCAACGCGCUGCGCUACCUCGAGUGCUCCGCUAUGCGCAAUCGUGGUGUCAACGAGGCUUUCACCGAAGCGGCACGCGUCGCGCUCAGCGUUAAGAAGGAGCGGGAAGACGGCAAGUGCACGAUCAUGUAG